UAAAAGGAUCAGUUACUUGCUACUAUCUUCAUUUGAAGAACUCUCCAACUCUGCUUAUCAUCUAUUUCCUUCAUAUAUUUUCCUCUUUACUUCCCUAACUUCUCCAAAAUCACCGGAAAAACCGUCAUGGCCAAUGAGUUCUCGACGUCGGUGACUUGUGGCCUCAUGUUAUCAAAGCGACUGUACUACGGCAAAGGAGCAUCGCCGGCGCCGGCGGUAAUGUCGAGGUCGUUGUCGUCGAUGGAGAGUUAUCUUCCGACGGCAGUGAUGGCGUACGCGGUGGUUCCCGAGCCUGCGGUGGUUGACAACCCCGAUGUCCCUAGCUACCAACCGUACGUGCAUGGUCGGUGCGACCCGCCGGCGUUGAUUCCGUUACACAUGCACGCGGUUUCCAUGGAGGUAGACUGUUGUAUGGAUACUGCGUUCAUUACCGUCAGAGGCGCGUGGCGCGUGCACUGUAUAAUGGCCGGUCGGAGAUGUGAUUGCCGGAUUGCUAUUCCAAUGGGAGAACAGGGUUCACUUCUAGGUGUUGAGGUUGACAUCUCUGAGACUGAGAGGUCCUAUAAUUCGAAAUGGGUAACAUUAGCUGAUUCAAAGGACACGGAAAAAUUUGGCAAACCUGGAUAUGGUUGCUUCUUGACACCCCAUAUAUAUACUUUCAAAAUUCCACAGGUUGAUGGAGGGUCUAAUGUUUCAAUUAAAGUCAGUUGGUCACAAAAGUUUUCCUACCGGGAUGGUCAGUUUUGCCUCAAUGUACCUUUUACUUUUCCGGAAUAUGUCAUUCCGGUCGGGAAGAAAAUCCCUAAGAGACAAAAGAUUCUGUUGAAUGUUAAUUCUGGCAUUGGAACGGAACUUUUGAUCAAAUGUACUAGCCACCCUCUAAAGGAGCUAAGUCGGGAGGUUCGUAAUCUAAGUUUUAUAUAUGAAGCAGAAGUGCCAGUAUGGUCAACUUCCGACCUCAAUUUUGCUUAUACCGUUUCUUCCAGCGGCAUUUUUGGUGGCGUUCUCCUGCAAUCUUCACCCUUGCGUGAUUUUGAUGAUAGGGAGAUGUUCUGCGUCUACCUUUUCCCUGGAAAUAAACAGAAGAGGAAGGUAUUCAGAAAAGAAGUGGUUUUUGUCAUUGACAUAAGUGAAAGCAUGCAAGGACGCCCAAUUGAGAAUGUAAAGAAUGCACUAUUGGCAUCACUCUCUAAGCUCAAUCCACAAGAUUCUUUUAACAUUAUUGCUUUUAAUAGUGAGAUUCGCUUAUUCUCAUCAACAAUGGUACUGGCUACUCAUGGUUCAAUCCUAAAUGCUACUCAGUGGCUUAGUAGUAAUUUAACAACAGAUGGUGGUACAAAUAUCAUGCUGCCCCUUAAACAGGCAAUGAAGUUAUUGUCUGAUGCAAGUGAGUCAAUUCCUCUUAUUUUCCUUAUAACUGAUGGGUCUGUUGAAGAUGAAAGAGAGAUUUGCAAUGUCAUGAAAGGUUAUUUGACAAGUGGAGGAUCAGUUUCUCCUCGUAUGUGUACUUUUGGUAUUGGUUUAUAUUGUAAUCAUUACUUCUUGCAAAUGCUGGCUCAAAUUGGGAGAGGCCAUUAUGGUUACACUUAUGAUGCAGAUAACAUUGAAUCACGAAUGGAGAGAUUAUUUACUACUGCUUCUUCAGUCGUUCUAGCCAAUAUAACCAUGGACAUGCCAGAAAAUCUUGAUUCUGUUGAGAUGUUUCCAUCUCAAAUUCCGGACCUUUCAUUUGGAAGUCCUUUGAUUGUGUCAGGCACAUACAAAGGGGACUUCCCAGACAUUAUCAAAGUUAAAGGAAUGUUAGCAGAUAUGAGCACUUUUGUAACUGACUUGAAAGUGCAAAAUGCAAAGGACGUGCCAUUUGAUAGAAUACUUACAAGGAGGCAAAUUGAUAUCAUUACAUGUCAUGCAUGGCUUUCAAAGAGUAAAGAGCUUGAAGGGAAGAUUGCCAAAAUAAGUCUACAAACUAGUUUUCCAUCUGAGUAUACCUGCUUGAUUUUGCUUCAGACUGAUAGUGGGAAGAAGGUGCCAGAAUCAAUUCUAGUACGGGAGUUUCAAUAUGCCCCUUGGAUACAGAUAUUCAACAAAAUAAGCCUGCCAAAAAAGGGAGAAUUGAAUAGCCAGAAGAUAGUUUUCCUGGGAUGCCUAGGUGUAGGCUUUGGUAACUUGACUGCUACGGCUAAGAAUAUCCCUCCAGGAGCUGAGGAACCAAAGGCACCUGAAGGUGCAGAGAUUUUGGUUAAGGCUGCUUCCAACUGUUGCAGUAUGCUGCUUGAUCGCUUCUGUUGCAUGUGCUUCAUCCAGGCUUGUUCAUCGAUGAAUAACCAAUGCUCAAUCGUUCUCACUCAACUCUGCACUGCUCUCGCUUGUUUUGAGUGUGUCAAUUGCUGUUAUGAACUCUGUGCUUGUGUCUAGAAAUGCUACUAAAGGUAGUUGAAGCCUUGAAGACCAAAACAAGGAGGAUAUGAAUAUUACUAUUAUGGUUAUAAUUGUAUAUAUACUUUGCUGCAAAUCAUACUGUUAAUUAGCAACGUUUCUAUUAUUAUAAAGCAACUUAUACGAGCGAUUAUAGUUAUCUACCCCUGCAUUAAGCUGGGGUGGAAGAUCCGCCAUCAGAGUGUGCUUGCUAAAAUCAAGAUCUGCCAUGAGAAAGGCGACGUGAGUGAGCAGCCCUUUUGUAAUCGCAAUGAUUUGCAGCAAGACCAGCGUCUCCAUCAACACACAACUGAUCAUUGCCCACACCUCUUCCUCAUCCAUCCGCCACUUUUCAUUCCCCGGCAACCAUCGCUGUAGGAUGGCAAGCGCACUCCAUCCGAAGAAUCCCGACUUCCCUUGACUAAUUAUCAACUUGAGCAACCAAUUCAAGGUACACCUGGGUUCAAUUUUGAAAUUUGAAGACGCAAUUGUUGUUCAAUUUCUAAUGUACAAUUUCUUUCAACAAUUAAAAGAAAAUGAAUAAAUAAAGUA